UAAACCCUAACUCCCCAGAACCAUCACAUUUCCAGACCUUUUGAAGGAGUUCAGCAAUGGCUUCCUUUCGAUCCUCGCUCGGUAUUUACAGAAAUGCCCUGAAUUCUCCAUCUUCUCAACUCAAUGACAUAACUUCAUCUCAAAUCCGUUCCAUCUUCACAACAUCACAUCUAAAUAUGUCUUGGGUAGAUAAGGUUAAAGGGGUGUUCACUGGCCAAAAAGAUCCUUCAAAUCCUGAAAUUACGUCGCAAUCUUUCACUCUACUUGGAUUUGCUGAUCAGUUGAUGGCUGCAAGAAAAGCAGGAAAAUUUCAGAAAUUCAUUGUUGGGAGAAGUAGUGAAGCGACAUUUGCUGAUUCAUUUGAGAAACAAGAGUCUAUAAUUCGAGUUCUUGGAGGUUUCGAUAAUACUGGAGAUAAUUUAAAACCAAGUCAGAAACAAGAGGCAGCAAAAAAGUGUAAAUGCACGAUAUCAGAAGUAGAGAAUGCAUUGGCAAAAUUUACGUGGGCUAAAGAAGCACAAAGGAAGAUGGAAAAGUUAAAGGAGGAUGGGAAACCAUUGCCCAAGAGCUUGGCUGAGGUUCAAAAGUUGAUGGGUUCAACACCAUUGGAUGUUGCCAGGUCUAAUUUGGCGCAGAGUGGUCAGAUAAGCCGGAACGCACUCUGCCCAUGUGGUUCUCAAAAGAGAUAUAAAAGGUGUUGUGCGAAGGAUUGAAAGAAAAAACAUCUUGCAGAUCUAUAAGUUCCUCGGGGCAAACCCUUGUGGUCAAAGAACAGCAGAAAGUUGCUUGCUAUGAAAAUCUCCCAACUUAUGAUCAUUAAGUGAAUCUGUUUGACACUUCAAUAUAGAUCUAAAGUGAAAGAAAACCUGUGGAUUAAUAAUGUUGUUGCUGGGAUUUCAAAAUCUUGUUCUUGGAUUCUCAUUCUGGCUGCACACAAGUCAUCACUCUUGUAAGACACUCCUCAUCGGUACCUUUUUGUCUGUUGUGGGGGCUAUGGAAUUUGUAUGACAAACACACAACAUUUUAGUUUGAUGCUCAGUGAUGCAUAAACCUAAUGUUAGUAGGUUACAAUAAUUGAUGUUGUCAUUUAAUUAAUUAAUUUUUUAUUAA